AUUAUAUUCCUACAUAUCAUCGGCGUCGGCAUUCUGGUGCUGGUGAAUUUAAACCAGGUGUACAAUGACCAUUGAUUUGGCUAAUCGGAAGGAGUUCGUUAUAAGGAUUGACGGUGGAAGUAGUCAGAGCAACGCUUUUGGUGGUGGGAACAAGAUUUGGGGAGACUCAGACUAUGAUUUUUUGGGGGAUUCUUAUAAAUUGAUGAAGAAAGGGAAAAAAGAGAAUGUGGAUGUGACUGGGAGUAGUAGUGGUGGAAAUUACAGUGGUGAGGAUUUUGAUUUUAUUCCAGACUCCUUUGGUAGAAUCCAGGAAUCAGUGUUCAAUCAGCAUAUCAUAAAGGCACUUUCAGGCACACCACUGACCAAAAUUCAAAAAAUAGAAGAGGAAGAAGAAAGAAUUGCAAACGAAGUUAGGAAUCUACAGAAUGCUGGUGCAACUAUCCCUCCAGGCGGGGAUAAAGAAGAUCAGGGGAUAAGUAUAGAUCAACUUCACAAUUUGAACCCUAAGAAUGUUUCAGCUUGGAAUAUGAAGGGGCUGAUGAAUCUCAUUCGGCAAGGUGCUCUUUCUACAUUGGAUCAGUGGAUACAAGAUAGUGCUUAUGGGGAUGAGUCAACUGAAAUUAGAAGUGAAUUAAUGUGAGGCAAAGAUCGCAGCAAGAAAAAUAUUUCAGAAUGUUGCUAAGCCAGGUUGCAAGUAUAUGUCCUUGAUCUGUUGCAUUUUGUUUUCAAAUGUUUUGUGUACCUUGAAUUAAUUUAGCUCAAUUCU